UAGCAGCACCAACCAGAAAGCCCUUGAUCCUAUCUGAUAUCAGCAGUUCAGGUUGGGUCUUGUUAGUAUUGUAUGGGAAACUGUAUGAAAAUAGGCUUGCAAGAGCCAGUGUGGUGAAGUGGUUAGAGCAGCCUUUCUCAACCUCUUGGGUCCCUAUAUGUUGUUGGACUACAACGCCCAUCACCCCUAGCUAGCGGAACCAGUGGUCAGGGAUGAUGGGAGUUGUAGUCAAACAACAUCUGGGGAGCCAAAGUUGAGAAAGACUGGGUAAAAUGUCAGACUAGGACCUGGGAGGCCAGGAAUCAAAUCUCCACUUGAUCACCAAAACUUUGGGCUGGUCACUGCCUCUCAGACCAACCUACCUCCCAGAGUUAUUGUGGGAUUAAUUGAAGAGAGAGACAACCAUGUAGGCCUUGAGCUCCUCGAAGAAAAUGUGGCAGACAUAUGGAAUAAACAAAUAACCAUAAAUGUACAUAGCUAUUAUUAAAUUAUAGAAAAUACGCAUAAUGAAUGCUUUUUAAAAAUUCUGCUCACUUGUCAUAUUGUCAUGAAUGUUUUGCAAGAGCAGGCCUUUGGACAUGCUUAAUCUUGUCCCUAACACCUACUAACUAACCUGUAUGUGUUCCUCUCUACUAAAAUAGUGUCCCUGAUCCUGUUGUGCUUUGUGCAUGGGCAAUCCCCAUCAGAAGGGGUGAGUGACAGAUGAGAUUGAAUACUGAGAACAAGGAGGAGUUAUGAGAUAUAACCAAGGGCUAAGAGUUGCAGAGGACUAGCCACUUGAAGUAAAGCCAAAGACCUUUGGAGUGACAGAAACUAACUGGGAACCCAGUGGGAAAGGAGCACAGUUGUUUCCUCUUCUUCAUUCCCACCCCACAUCCUUUUGCAUAGGUCCCAGAGUGCUAUACGUUUUCGCUGGAAGCAUCCCUUGUUUUGUCACCUCACUUUUCCCCAAUUGCAGUGAAAACACAUGUCACAGCUGCGGAAUUCUGAUGAGUGAGCAAUGAUGCAUUUGGCCUGUUGUCUAUUCAGUAUUCAGGGGGCGAUGUGGCAGUUAAAUUUGGUUUGGCACUGAACAGGGUGGGCAGUUACCACUAACUCAGCUGCUCCCCUGAUCUGUCGCCACUGAAGGAGGGAAAGAGAUGGGGGACUCAGGCAAAGAAGAAUAUAAAAUACACACGUUUGAUACAGAGAUUCAGCAGCUACUCAAAACAGCCCUCAAAGACCCCAGCAGUGUAGAUCUGGAGAAGGUUGCCAACGUAAUUGUGGACCAGUCCCUCAAAGACUCUGUGUUCAGCAAAGAGGCCGGGCGCAUCUGCUACACCAUCAUCCAGGCGGAGAGCAAACAGGUGGGCCAGAGUGUCUUUCGGCGGGGGCUCCUCAACCGACUUCAGCAGGAGUAUAAAGACCGGGAUGAACUGCGAGCCCGCUCCCUCCAGGCCUGGAUCUGCUAUGUCACUUUUAUCUGUAACAUCUUUGACUACCUGAGGGUCAAUAACAUGCCCAUGAUGGCACUGGUGAACCCAGUUUACGACUGCCUGUUCCGACUGGCGCAGCCAGAAAGCCUGCGGAAAGAGGAAGAGGUGGACUGUCUGGUGUUACAGCUACACCGCAUUGGUGAACAACUUGAGAAGAUGAACACCCAGAGGAUGGAUGAGCUUUUUUCCCUCCUGCGAGAUGGUUUCCUCCUGCAGGAGGGCCUUACCUCCCUUUCCCAGCUACUCUUGCUUGAGAUCAUUGAGUUCCGGGCUGCCGACUGGAAAAUGACAGAUGCAGCCCAGAAGUACUAUUAUAGUGAGGUCGCAGACUGAGCAGUCCGUUGCUCACACUGGCUCAUGCUGCCCAAAGCCAGAGUUUGAAUUUCCACUCUGAACCUUUGCACCAGCAAACUUCACAUAACAACUACAAAGCUGCAGUUAUUUUUAAUACUUCCCUCCCCUCCACCCGAACCCUAGCACUUUUUGUAUAUAGAAUGUAUAACUUGCUCCCUCGAUAGAUCUUUUGCGCUGGCUGAAAUUGGGGAGCUGGGAGAGGAGAAAAGGGUCGCAUUCUGCCACUGCCGCUCCCAUCGUGUUGCACUAAAUAGGAACCUGUAUUAAUCACUGCCGCAAGCUGGACUGACAUUUGACACAGGGUAGUUCUCUCCAAGCUUACUUGUAUAUGCUAAUUCUAAUGUAUUCAGCCUUAAAACAAAAAAGGCUAUGGUUUAAAACCAGCCUGGUGAUAACAUUAUUUACUCCAAAAGCACACUAAGCCUAAGAAUCUGUCUCCCUCUGCAGCAUGUGGCAGUUUGUUAUUUUAUGCUCUGUUCCAUAGCUGUUCUGUUUGCCCUUUGGUUGAGAAGGUGAUUCUGCAAUCAAAGCCCAAGCAUGGCAUUUCAAUUUUCUGCCUUGUAAACCCAUUUUGGAUGCUUUCAGGAGCCUUGUUUGCUCUCUGUUUAUAUGCAGUCACUAUGAGGCACGAGGGAUAUCAGAAACUUUACCACUGUUCUGAAAUCAAAGAAAGGUGGCUCGUUCAGGUACUAGUUCUAUUAACAACCUACAACAGAGACUUUCUCUCUCUUUUUUUUGUCCUACUCCUUUUU